AACCCCCCUCAGAGCUUUUCCGGCGCUAUCAGUUCCUGACUAUCUGCAGCAGAGAGGUUUGUGUAAACUGCUGCCGCUGCCGUUCCCGCCUGUCUCACGGUCACCAGUUCCUGCACGGCUCUUCCCGUCGGACGGGGGCCUCUGUCACGGAUGUGACAGCAACCACGUCCCCGGCUCUCCCUACCUCCCUGCCACCUGUGGAGACCACAGCACUGCUGCCAGCCACCGCCUCCACCACUGCCGGCACCGUCCUUCCCUCCAGCUCUGAAACAGGAGCCUCCACCCCAGAGAGGUCCAGCACAUCCCCGGGGACUGGCAGCACCUCUUCUGCCACUGUGCCUCUUCCUGCCACGCCAGCACCGACAGCCGCUUCGACCGUGCCCUUGAUGACCCCAGCAGACACCACGGCCAACCCUGAUACCAGCACAGGGGUCCCUAGGAGCACCCCCACUCCCAGACAGACCACAUCUGGGACCGCCCCUGGCAUCUCCACUGCGACUGUGGGGCCAACCCUGGGCACCUCAGGAGCACCUGAGACCCCCAGUGCAGCCACAGGGACCUCUGUCACGGAUGUGACAGCAACUUUGUCCUCAACUAUCCCUACCUCCUCCACACCUAUGGAGACCACAGCACUGUUGCUCACCACCACCUCCACGACUGCAGGCACCGUCCCACCCUCUAGCCCUGAAAACUCCACCGCGGAGGUGCUGACAGAUGCCUUCACAGAGAGCGCUGCAACGUCCCGAGGGAGCAGCCCAUCAGUCUCCAGCAUCACCACACCACAGGCGAGUGGCAGCACAGCCCACAGCACUGCUGGGUCUCCUGCUGGCACCACGGUGCAGCCUGACCCCACCUCAACAGGGCUGGGGCUCACCACUGGCAUCCCAAGUCCAACCCCCAUGGCCAUGACGACCACCUGUGCCGAGACAACCAUUGUCACAUCUAUGGGGACCAACACGGCCCUGGCUGUCACCUCAAUUGGAGUCGAAACGAGCACGCUGCCUGCCCCCACCUCUACUCUUCUCUCCUCCACCGGGGUGGGCACCAUGCCUGGCACCAGCACCCGCCACAGGCCAGACAUGACCACGCUGCUUGGUAGCACAUCCCUGGGGACCGGCAGUGCCUCUCCUCCCACCGCACCAGCACCGACAGCCGCUUCGGCCGAGCCCUCGACGACCCCAGCGGACACCACAGCUGCUCCCGAUACCAGCACUGGGGUCCCCGGGAGCGCCCCCACUCCCAGCCAGCCAGCCGGGACCAUGGUGGGGACCAGCCCCAGUACCUCCAUCCCAACAGCACCUGAGACUCCCAGUUCCACCACGGCAGGCAGAAGACGGCACGGUCCCUGGCUGCAGGGACCUGGUCUGCUGCAGUGGUGGCCCUGCUGGCCUGCCCUGCCCGCUGCUUGUGGCUGCUCCGGGUCCAGCUGUGCAGCUGAUGUCUGCCUGGCAUCGUGCCGGUCCCUGGGACUGUCCGCAUUGGGUGGAAACUCUCCCUUCGCUGCCAGCACCUGGGGAGUAAAGAACCCACCUGGAUCCUCCUCUGCCGGGCAAAGGAGACUCAGAAACCUCAGUGCUGGGCCCGCGGGGAGCUUUCGGAGCCGUGCCUGCGGGGACAUGACUGGGCAGAGAGGGGGGCUGUCCCUGCCCCUGCUGCUGCUGAGCCUCGUCGGCCUCACCAUGCCACACCUUGUGCUGGAGCCUCAGACUCACUGGGUUUGUGCUGGGAUCACUGAGGAAUCCAGCUUGGCAUCUCAAAGCUGCCUCAUCACAGGCAUCCCUCGACAGAGGCCUGGGCAGCCAGGCUGUUUUGUGUGUCCUUUUGGAGAGGAUUACAGAUGCUCAGGCAUUCACCAGGGACAGCAGGCUGCCCUGGCACAGGGUCUGUGCAGACAGAGAGGACAGCCCUCCCACAUCCUUCAACCCCCCUCAGAGCUUUUCCGGCGCUAUCAGUUCCUGACUAUCUGCAGCAGAGAGGUUUGUGUAAACUGCUGCCGCUGCCGUUCCCGCCUGUCUCACGGUCACCAGUUCCUGCACGGCUCUUCCCGUCGGACGGGGGCCUCUGUCACGGAUGUGACAGCAACCACGUCCCCGGCUCUCCCUACCUCCCUGCCACCUGUGGAGACCACAGCACUGCUGCCAGCCACCGCCUCCACCACUGCAGGCACCGUCCUUCCCUCCAGCCCUGAAACAGGAGCCUCCACCCCAGAGAGGUCCAGCACAUCCCCGGGGACUGGCAGCACCUCUUCUGCCACUGUGCCUCUUCCUGCCACGCCAGCACCGACAGCCGCUUCGACCGUGCCCUUGAUGACCCCAGCAGACACCACGGCCAACCCUGAUACCAGCACAGGGGUCCCUAGGAGCACCCCCACUCCCAGACAGACCACAUCUGGGACCGCCCCUGGCAUCUCCACUGCGACUGUGGGGCCAACCCUGGGCACCUCAGGAGCACCUGAGACCCCCAGUGCAGCCACAGGCACGGAGCCCUCUUCCCCCGCCACCACCUCCACCCAGACCCCAGAGGUUACCCUCAGCACCCCUGCAGACCUGCCAACAAUGCUACCCAUCUGCCCCACCGCCACGUCCAACACCAGUGCAUCUCAUCUCUUUCUGUCGCUGCGGCUAACCAUCCCCCUGGACCUGGAGAACACCACAGUGCAGGAGCUGGUGUUGUCCAAGCUCCGCGGGGACCUGCAGACGGUGUUCCCGUGCGCCGGCCUGGCAGUGCAGUGGCGAGGGAAGAGGAGGACCUGACCGCUGCUCCUCGCCUGGCUGGCACCCACGUGGACUGGCAAGCCUUCUGCUCCCUGCUCCUUACUCCACGGCGGUGCAGCCCUUUGGGAUAACCCGUACAGCUCCCCUUGAACCUGGGACUCCCUGUCCUUCACUGUGCACGCCCAGAGGACUCCCAGUGACCCCCAUGGACUGGGGUGCCCCUGCCCCUUCCCACAGCCUGCCUGUAGAGCCUCAGCCCUCCCACCACCCUGCACCAGAACUGGAUCCCAUGGUGGGACCCCCCCCCAGAGCUGCUGGAGCCCUGGGAGGAGGGAACCCUGCAGGGGCUGGGCUUUUACAGCUGGGACUGAGAUGGCUCAGCCACAAAAGCCACCUUGGGAACUGAUGGAUGAGAGAAAGGAGACCUGGAGCCCUCAGUACUGCUGUGCCCAGGGCGCUUGGUGACCUCUGAGGUUUGCAAGCCAGGGAGGCUGUGGUGCCUGAGGUCUUCAAGAGAUGCUUGCUCCAUGGAUGCUUUACAUCCAGGGUUGGCCAAGAUGGAGCCUGGGGUAGCUCUGGAAAGGAGGCAGAAGAGGAAAAGAGCCCCCAUCUCCCACCUGAGCCCCAUCCUGGUGCCAGCCGAGCUCCCGAGCCCUGCAGCACAGAGGGCGAGUGAAGCCAGCGCCUGGCACACCGACUCUCCCCAGCUCACCUGCGAUAUUGCUGACAGAGGAGCACACCCAUGCCAACAUGGGCUGGGCAAUGAAGGGAAAUCCCAAUGGCAAAGAUGAUGACUUCUUUUUUUGUCCAAGUUGCUUUCCCCAGUUUUCAGCUUCGCCAUCUAGCAGAGGUACCGGCAAGGAAAAUUGGCUGAGUCCCAAAAGCUUUGUGACGGAGAGACAGGCUCAGGGCUGUGCCCUCCUGGCAGGGGCCACUGCAGACGUUCCCAAGGCUAGCUCAGCACCCCAACAGGCUGGGGGUCCCUGUUUUGGUGCUCUCUGCCCCAUGACACCCCACAGUUGCUGGGGCAGCUGUGCGUGCCAUGGGGCCGUGGAAAUCCCGUGGGCUGUGCUCCUUCCCUGUUUUUUUCCAGUCCCAAGCUAAGGAGACAGCCACAGCGUCUGUCCCCCUGCAGCAAAGUCAUUUAUUAACUGAUUAAUUAGCCAGAUAAAAUCCAACCAAAGCAAUUAUUAGCCUAAGCAAGUCACCUCGCUGGGAGAUUGAAAACUGAAAUAAUUAGCAAAAUAGCUGU